UUUCUUUCGUUAAUUGACGGAAACCAUUUGGGGCUCUUCCUUUUCACACUGAAGCAGUGAAUAGUUCUCCAUCUCCGUCUUCUCCUCCGCAGUGGUGUCCGAAUGGCGUCGUUUCCUGCUGCUCAGCGUCUCCUUCACGCCCACACCUUCCGCUCAUGUCCACCCCUCACAAAUCGUCCAGCCAUUUCAUCGUUAUCUUACAAACCACUCUCAUUCUCCUCAUCCAUGACAGGAUUUGGCCAAGCGGGUAUUGCAAUUGAGUUGAAGGAUCGUGGCUCAUUUGUACAAACUGCGGCUGUUCGGCAUUUGAUGGGAUCUCUUACCAGAGCUGAAGGUCUUCGCUUCGCUGUGGUUGUAGCACGGUUUAACGAGAUUGUGACGAAGCUGCUGUUAGAGGGGGCUUUGGAAACUUUCAAGAGAUAUUCAGUUAAAGAAGAAGACAUAGAUGUUGUGUGGGUUCCUGGAAGUUUUGAAAUUGGUGUUGUUGCAGAAAGGCUUGGGAAGUCUAAGAAAUAUCAAGCAAUUUUGUGUAUUGGAGCUGUGAUAAGAGGUGAUACUUCCCACUAUGAUGCCGUUGCUAAUUCAGCAGCAUCUGGAGUACUCUCAGCUGGUCUGAAUUCAGGAGUUCCAUGCAUAUUCGGUGUCCUGACCUGUGAUGAUAUGGAUCAGGCUUUAAAUCGGUCUGGUGGAAAAUCUGGGAAUAAAGGUGCAGAGGCUGCUUUGACAGCUAUUGAGAUGGCAUCUUUGUUCGAGCACCAUUUCAUCCAGUAGCAAUAUUGCAACAAAAGUAGAAUGCAAUCCUUCUUCAGCUCAGUAUCUUCUUUUACCCCGGGAGUGUGCCAAAUCUUGUACCUUCCAUUUCUAUGCUGCCAGAGUAUCUUUAUGUCGAGAGUUCCAGUGAAUAGCAAAGGGGAUUCCUGACUGUAAUCAGAUAUUUGUGCUUACCAUUCCAAAUAUUGCCCUAGCUAUGAAACUACCCUGACGCUUAAAGAGGGCAUGCUUAGUGUUACACAUCAGGAGUCCCUUUUACACUGCUUAAAAUUUUAAACUACCUGUUAUUACACUUUGGAGCAUGUAUAUUUAUGAAUUUUUUUUGUGGUUUUGAACAAA